AUGGCGAUAAUAGGGCACUCAACCCGCGGCUCGCCGAGCAUCUCGAAAACUACACCCGCAGGCGCGACCACAAGCGCGAAAAGAAAGCGAGUUGCCAAUGGAGAAUCCGACAUUAUGACAACCCCUACAAAGUCCAUGCAGAGAUCGAAUAAUACUGCAGCAGUCUCCUCCGGUUCAGUUGGGGUAAUCGAUCUGACGCUCGACGAUACACCGGUUAAAAAGAAGCCGAGAACGACAAAGGGUAAAACAUCUCCUGGAGCACCGACUCCGGAGAAAAGAGCUAGGGUGUUUCGCAAACAUCCUCCGAAGAGCUUUCUGGAGCGAAAACACCGUGCAAUAACCCAAAGGAUGUGUAUUAUGAAUCAUACCGUCACUUACGUGGAUGGCGCCCCUGAAAUUGCGUUUGAUAUUGCUGGUUCGGUGGGAAAUGUUUAUAAGACAGUUAUUGGGAAGAUACCCUAUUGCACUUGUCCAGACAACCAGAAGGGGAAUCAUUGCAAGCACAUCUGUUAUGUCCUCAUAAAUGCUCUCAGAGCACCGGAACAUUUGCAGUAUCAAUUAGCCUUUUUAUCAGAGGAACUUCGCCAAAUGCACGAGGAAUCUCCGCUCAGCAAGGAAAAUGCCGAAUCAGAGGAGAGCACAGACGGCAACCGAAAGCCGGUCGAAGGCGAUUGCCCCAUCUGCUUCAUGGAAUUCGAGCCCGAGAAGGAAGAAAUUGUCUGGUGCCGCGCCCGUUGCGGGAAUAACAUCCACAAGACCUGUUUUGAACAGUGGGCACGUACCCAGCGAGCGCAGGGAGUUCGCUGCGUUUAUUGUCGGUCUCCAUGGGAGGAUGAAAAGACAGCUCUUGACAUGCAGAGUCUCUUGCAUAAUGCAUCUAUCGGUGAGGAAGGCUAUGUCAAUGUGGCCGAUCAAUUGGGUCUCUCCCGCCAUCGCGAUUAUUCGACAUAUUCUCCGUGGUUGCAAUAUCGGAGGUCAUCAUCUUAUUAUGGACGGGGGAGAUGGUAUUAA